AUGCAGUUCCCCCUGUCUUUCCUCAGCAGACCUAUACGGGGCGUGUUGCUUCUUGCUCUGCUCAGUCUGCCUUGCUCUUCAACUGCGAUUAAGCCUGAGUCAGGCCUCCAACGAACGCUGACGCCCGUCCGCCAUGUCAACACUUCCACUCUGUCCAUCGCUUACUACGAUUCAGCUCCGGGAAACUCAUCCGCACCAGUGGUCGUGAUGAUACACGGCUUCCCCUACUCCAUCGACACCUACGUCGACGUAGUGCCUAAGCUGGUGGCACAGGGAUUUCGUUUGAUUGUCCCGUAUAUGCGAGGCUAUGGAACCACGACCUUUUUGUCUCCCACCACCCCACGCAGUGCGGAACAGGCCGCCCUUGGCAAGGACAUUGUUGACCUGAUGGACAGUCUGGAUAUCGACAAGGCAAUAUUCGCCGGCUACGACUGGGGCACUGUUGCUGUCAACGCUGCGGCAGCCCUGUGGCCGGGUCGAUGCUCCGGAAUGGUGGCCGCAAAUUCAUACCUUAUCCAGAAUCGCCAGACAGCUUGGGCUAUCGCGCCUCCCGCGGCCCUGGCUAACCGCUGGUACUUUUACGUCUUUCUCACACCGCAAGGAUUCAGCGCGCUCGCCAAUGACACGCGAGGAUGGGCUGAGACUCUGUGGUCCAAGAACAGUCCACAGUGGAACUGGACACAAGCAGAGCUUGACGCUGCGGUUCCGGCGUUUCGCAACCCAGACUAUGUAGACAUUGCGACCAACUUUUACCGCAACCGCCUGCUCUACGCGCCUGGCGACCCAGACUACGCAGAGUUGGCCGACAAGCUAGACUCGCUGCCCGUCAUCCAUGCCCCGUCUGUGACGCUGGAUCCGGACCAGGCGCCAGUCUUUCCCGCAACCGAUGGAUCGUCGACAGCUCAGCACUUUGCAGGGCCUCGGGUGCAUCACAUUGUGCACGGGUGUGGCGAGAACAUUCCGCUGCAGAGCCCCCAAGUCUUUGCAGAUGCCGUCAUCGAGGUAGCGGCUCUCGGAAAACACCAUUAA